AUGCUUCACCAGCCUCCACCACCCACCGGGCCUCGGGCUUCAGGACGCCUCGCUUCAAGUCGUCUCCCAAGCAGAGGGGGCAUUCAAAAACGCAACACCACUCCAGCGCGAGUGGAUAAGGAUGGAGAUCUGGUGAUGGACCAAGCAGGUAUAACUGGUCGAGCGAGUGGUCGUGGACGUGGCGCCGCCAUCCGAGGAUCGGCACGGACGCAGAAGAGUGGCACAUCUGAUUCACUUCGUGCAAGAACAUCACGUCCUACUCGGACAGGAAUCGAUCCUUCAGCAAUACAGAAAGCCGUCCUGCGAGGCAUGGGCUCCAGUGAGAAAUCGCCAAGAGGACAGAGAUCCAGCUUGAGAAAUGUACGGGGAAGAGGAAGUACCCGACCCAUAGAUGAAGCGUGGGACCAGAUCACAGUUCAGGGAUUCAAGCAGAGCAAAGCUGCUGCCAAUCCAGGUGGUGGCAUAUCCGAACUGAUUGCAUUUCUGGAACGAAAAGCGACCCACCCGGAUGCUCCAGAGACGGUAAAGAUAAAGAAGUCACGACUUGAGGGUGAAGCUCUGAUUAUUUCAGUGCGACCAGAGGAUACUCCUAAGAUUGAGAGACUCAACAAUUUCCAGUUUGCCGGAGCUACGCUAGGCAUUGAGGUUUCUCGCAGGAAAAUAUCUGAACCACUGGCGAGUAACGCAGACUCCGAAACACCUAACACUAUCAACGUCCUGAAAUCUGUUCUCAGUCGGCGGUACAGUACAGAUGCGAAGCUCCUAGACCUGUCGCAACUCGGCACAGAUCCCGAACUUGUCAAUAUUGGCAUGUUCAGCACAACCUCACGGGAAUCGAAGUUCUUCCCAGCGCUCAUGAAGAUCUGCGAUAGCAUCUUCACAACCGCGCACGCCAAGGAGGAGGCCAUCGUUAGUGUUUCGCUGGCCAACAAUGCCCUGACCACCAUAGCCUCGGUUACUACACUUUCGCAAACAUUUCCAGCACUCAAAAACCUCGACCUCUCGAACAAUCAACUGAAAAACCUCACCGCGCUUGAAGGAUGGCGGUGGAAAUUCCGUAAGCUCGACCAAAUUAUACUUACUGGAAAUCCCAUUGAGACGGAGGUGCCGACAUAUAAAGACGACAUCGUGAAAUGGUAUCCUACCCUCACUACUCUCAACACAAUACAAAUAAGAUCCUUGGAGGAUGCUAGAGCCGCGGUGAAACACAAAUUACCAAUCCCCAUCCUUGGGCCUAGCUUUCGUGACGAAGCAGCUAUUAGCGAGACCUUUGUCAAACACUUCUUCCCUGCCUACGAUGGAGAUCGCACCGCUCUGGUCAAUGGAUAUUACGAUGCCCAAUCGACUUUCUCUAUCAGCAUCAACCUUUCCGCUCCCCACAUCGCCGAAACCACGAGCCAGAAACCUCCUGGCUGGGAAGCAUACCUCAGAAAGAGCCGAAAUCUAACCAAGAUCACCCACCCGCCAAGUCGAAUGUCACGUCUAUACACCGGUGCGGAGAGUAUCAAAGAUGGGCUCGCAACCCUACCAGUCACUCGUCAUCCCGACAUAAUGGCAGAGCCGCAAAAAUGGUGUGUCGAGUGUCACACCAUCCCAGGUUUACCAGACCCAACCGGACAAUCAUCAAGCGGUGUCGGUGGGCUCAUGGUCAUGUUGCAUGGAGAAUUCGCGGAGGUGGAUGUUUCAACCGGCCAAUCAACAGCAAUACGGAGUUUCGAUCGUACGUUUGUCUUGGGGCCAGGAGGAGGGGUUGGAGGUAUCCGCGUUGCGUGUGAUACACUUGUCUUGAGGCAGUAUGGAGGCCACGAUGCGUGGCGGCCUGAAGUAGAGGAUAGCGCCUCCGAUCCAACGGCACAAGCACAUCAUCAGAUCAAUGUGCCGGCAGGAUUCGCAUUGUCCGCGCCUGGCAAAACAGAGGAGCAGGUGCAGAAGGAGGUGCUGGCGGUGGAGCUGAGCAAAGCUACAGGGAUGACAUUAGAGUUCUCGGGAUUGUGCCUGGAACAGUGUGGGUGGAAUCUGGAAGGAGCGGCAGCAUCAUUUGGGCAAGCUAAGGCGACCUUACCGGCAGAGGCCUUUGUUACAUCAUAA